AUGCCACACCCUACUACGACUACUACAACACACGCUAGACACAAAAUGCCGCUUAAAAUUGCCGUUUUGGGCGCCGGAGGCGGCAUCGGCCAGUCCUUGUCGUUGUUGCUCAAAACGGAGUUGCGCAGCACGUGCCUGGCGGCGGACGCCGCCAUCCACGUCGCGCUGUACGACGUGAAUCGCGACGCCGUGGCCGGAGCCGGAACGGAUUUGUCGCAUAUCAACACGCCCGUGACAGUCACGUGGCAUGCCGCCGCCGCCGCCGCCGCCGCCGACGAAGACCCACUAGCAACGUGUUUGCGUGACGCUACGCUUGUGGUAAUCCCGGCCGGUGUUCCGCGGAAACCCGGGAUGACGCGGGACGACCUUUUCUCCAUUAAUGCGCGGAUCGUGACCCAGCUCGCGCACGGAAUAGCCGCGCAUUGCGACCUGUCACGCACGUUCGUGCUGCUGAUCUCCAACCCGGUCAACUCCUUAGUACCCGUGCUGGUAGAAACGCUGGUUGCCGAUAGCAGCAGCAGUACUGACCCAGACAUCGCUAAGACGAUCGCGAGACGCGUUUUCGGACUCACGCAGCUGGAUGCAGUGCGUGCGUCGACGUUUCUGCACGCGGCUCUAGGGUGCGGUCCCAGCGACCGGGUCCGCGUUCCUGUGGUCGGCGGCCACUCCGGCCACACCAUUGUGCCAUUGUUCACACAGGCGUCGCAGAGCGGCGCGCAGGACCACAAGCUGCGCGCCAAAGUACUCGCACUCAGCCCAGAAGUGCUCGAACAGCUGGUGCAUCGCGUGCAAUUUGGCGGAGACGAAGUGGUCAAGGCCAAAAACGGCACCGGGAGCGCCACUCUGUCGAUGGCAUACGCUGCCGCUCAGGUAGCUCAGGCCUUUGCAGAGCUUUUACUCGAUCUGCGUCCCGAUUUGCAAGAUACGUUGUACGCCAACAUUGGAGCGUUUUCUAACACAGAUGUGGCGAAACAAGUGACCAAGAUCACUAACGGUUUGGCGUAUGUGUCUUUGCCCCUGACAAUUACAAAAGAUGGGAUCCAGGCCAUCGACCUUCAAUGGGCACACAAUUUGUCAGCGGAGGAGUCCAAGCUGUGGACAACGUGUGUCAGGGAGCUGGAGGGCGCCAUCAAGCAUUAA